CAGCACUGAAAAUCUUUAGUAUACAUGACACAAACCACGUAUUUUCGGCACUGGUACUGGCAGUGAAUAUCAGAACGCAGCCUCAGUCUAGUGAUAUACAGAUCGACUGAUGGUUGAAAUUCGGUGGUUGAAUAAAAAAAUAAAGAAAAGAGCAGAGACAGCUGAUCAGAAGCAACAAGCUGAUGAGAAGUAUCAUGUUGUGGAUGAGAGGAGCAGGUUAGAAUCAGUCACGUUUGUUGUACUAAAAAUGUUGAUCGAAAUUCCGAUCGUGUGACAAGUGGAUCAUUGUGUAAAACAUAAUCUAUACGUAUAUAUUUGUGCCGAUAAUGGAGUCGGCGAAAGAAGAGGUACAGGCCGAUGUUGCGUUGAUCGAGGGUCUGUCGGCGGAACAAGGAUCGCGAUCCGAAUCGCCGAAACGAGGCACCACGUUGUCGACGAGCACGAGUAGCUUCGAGGCUCUGGAUCCGCACGAUCCGAAUUUGAGUCGUCUGGCAAACACUAUGUUUCAAAAGACAGGAGAGUACUUGCAGGAAGAACUCACGGCUACUCAUGCGGAUUAUAGGCUGCUGGAGCGCCUCAACAAAGAAACGAUUGCCAAAUAUACAGAACUGAAGAUCAUAUCGUCGAACGUGGUGCAAUCGUUGGAUUCGUUAAACGAAAAGUAUCACAAGUUGCAGCCGAUCCUCGACAAUAUCAAUCAGAUCGACGACAGCGUGAGCAAGUUGGAGCAAGCUGCAUACAAGUUGGCAGCUUACUCGAAACGACUGGAGGCAAAGUUUAAGGAUCUAGAAAAGGAUACGAAGAGCAAAUAGAGAAAAAGUCGUAUAAUUAUGAAGAUUCUCAAGGCUUGUGUUAUGUUUAUGCGUAAUAAGAUACAAAGUAUAAGAGAUGGCGGACAUAAUAAAAAGGAAAGAAAAUUUGCUGAGUAACACAGCAAGA